CCCUCCGACGCUUUGCCGGAACCUUUCUCUUCGUUCCGGGCCUUUACUCGGAGCAGACAUGGCGGCAGAAGGAGACGUAGAUUUGGACCUGGAGGCGGAGGAGAACUGUACGGGGAAACCCGCAGAGAAGCCCCGCAAACAUGACAGCGGAGCCGCGGACCUGGAGAGAGUCACGGACUACGCGGAGGAGAAAGAAAUCUCCAGCUCGGACCUGGAAACGGCCAUGUCAGUGAUUGGAGACAGAAGGUCACGAGAACAGAAAGCCAAACAAGAGAGAGAAAAAGAGUUGGCCAAAGUCACCAUCAAGAAAGAGGACGUGGAACUAAUUAUGUCAGAGAUGGAGAUCUCGAGGUCUGUGGCGGAGCGCAGUCUGAGGGAACACAUGGGGAACGUGGUGGAAGCUCUGGUGGCUCUGACCAACUGAACAAACUGCAUUUACACACUGGACUGCUUCAAUUGGUUGUUGUUUUUUUAACCAGAGCGCAUCAAGACAAUGAGGCUGAUCUGAACUCACUUGUGGUUUAAUCUUUACCCCAAAUCCCUUUUUCUUUCUUUUUUAAAAUAAAAAGUUGACCUGC